UAUUAUUUGCAAAUAAAACCAGCCAGCCCUGGUCAUGUGCGGUAGAGUGGGCGUAUUUAUCCAGCUUACAACAAAUAACGUGCCGCAGAUAAGCGGAUAGCCGAGAACACACUAUGCACAGUUACACGGCUCGGUGGAAUUAGAUGUCGAUAUACAAAGUGGGGCCAGCCAGCCGCUGAAACUUCGGCCACUUGUAUUUUUCUUGCCGGGCGCGACUGACACUGACUGACUCGUGGUGCGGCGUUCAUAUGAACCCCAAUGGAAAUGUGAGACUUUGCAAAGUGUUCCAAAAGCGGUGGGGAUAAUUAUUUCGGACAGACUUUGUGCGAUAAGUGCUGCAGUUCCAACAGAAGCUAAAUGCUGAUGCACCGAAAUCCAAUUGGAGUUCGAGAAACGUGAUCGCGCUUACCCAUACCAGCACAUGCAUAGCUGGAAUUCUCGUAUAUAAUCGUAUGUACAGACGUACAUAAUAAGUAAAUGUUUAUACGCGGGUAAUAGCAUUCCCAUAGUAAUAGCUGGAAACGAGCAAACGACUUGCAAUCAACAACACGCAAUUAUUAUUGGAUCUUCGUUGGCGUAGCGGCUCGUUCCUCGAGUAUAACUUAGCCAAAAUGAAGACAAACAUUGAUAAGGAGCUGCUGCCGAUGAAGGCUCAUUACUUUCUGUUCAAUGCCGGCACCGCACCCGUUGUACCCUUUAUGCCGACACUGGCCCAGCAGCUGGGCUAUUCCUCGGUGGUGGUGGGCACCAUGUACAUGAUAUUGCCCAUCAUUGGAAUGCUGGCAAAGCCGCUCUUUGGCUACAUAGCUGAUCGCUACCAUCGCCAUCGAUUGCUGUUCCUCAGUGGACAAGUCAUCACUGGCAUUGCGUUCUUCAUGAUUAUGUUUGUGCCGGCCAUAGACAAGCCACUGCCCCAGGUGCAGUUCCACUGCCAUGCCGGCGUGUCGAGCAUUAGGCACUGCUCGGAGCACGGUGAGUGCGUGGAGAAGAAUAUGGAAUCGUUCUACGGAAAUCAGACACUCGCCUGCGAUCUGCAGUGCGACGCCGAGCCCUUCAUGUGGGACAUUGUGUGCGAGGACUGGCUGAAGAACCAAACGGAAAACUGUGCGGCAAACCGCACCAAUCCGCAGCUGAACUUCGGCACCAGCAUCAACAUGAAGGACAUUGUCGAGGAAGCUAACUGCCUGUUCUUCAUGAUUCCCCAAGAUCGUGGCGAGGUGGCAGGCCAAAGCGUGCCGCUCUAUUGCCCGGCGGGAAAGCAGUACUUCAACGCCAGCUGCCGCAUGGACUGCCACGACGACUACCUUAAGGAGCAGCUCUCCGAGAGCCCCGUGAUUAACACGAUGGGCGCAAUGGCCCAGCCUCAGUUCUGGUUCUUCUUCGGCAUGCUGAUCAUCAGUUGGAUCGGCAUGGCCGUGGUGGUGAGCAUUGGCGAUGCCAUUUGCUUUGGCAUCCUCGGCGAUCGGCAUCAUUUGUAUGGCAAGCAGCGGCUGUGCGGCUCGCUGGGAUGGGGCAUAUUUGCGCUGCUUGCCGGGGUCCUGGUCGAUCACAUGUCGAAGGGCAGUGCCAACAAAAACUACACGGUUGUGUUCUGCAUGGCGCUGGUUAUAAUGGGCUUCGAUGUGCUUGCCUCCUCCAAGCUGAAGGUCACCCAAACACACUUGUCUUCCAACAUACUGAAGGAUGUUGGCCAAAUGUUUCUCUCCCUGCGCUGUGUCAUCUUUUUUCUGUGGUGCGUGGCCAUUGGCUUUGGCACGGCGCUGAUCUGGAACUUUCUGUUCCUGUAUCUGGAGCUGCUGGACAAGCAGUACAUGGGCUGUGACAGCUCCAUCAAGACACUGGAGGGUCUUGUCAUGGCCAUCCAAUGCUUUGGCGGCGAGCUGCCGUUCUUCUUCCUGUCGGGCUGGAUACUGAAGCGCAUCGGGCAUGUGAAUGCCAUGAGUCUGGUGCUCUUCGGCUUUGGGGUACGCUUCAUUUUGUACUCUAUGCUGCAGAAUCCCUGGUACAUACUGCCCAUCGAGCUGCUAAAUGGCGUCACCUUUGGCCUGUUCUACGCCACAAUGGCCUCCUAUGCCAGCAUUGUGGCACCACCCGGCACUGAGGCAACCAUGCAGAGUCUGGUGGGUGCCAUAUUCGAGGGCGUUGGCGUCUCCAUGGGCAGCCUGAUUGGUGGCAUACUAUUCAAUGGCGAUCCGCGCACCACUUUCGAGAUCUUCGGCAUUGCCGCCUUCAUCAUAUUCGUUGUGCAUGUCUCCAUUCAGAUGUUCCUGCAGCGAAAUGGCAGCACCGAUGAAAACGGCACUGUCAAAUAUCUCGCACCGACAGAUGCAAUGCACAUGCUGAAUGAUCAGGAGUAUAGUAGAGUUAGCUAAGAAGAUCGUAACACCACCAGCAACCCCCAAGAAACGAUAAAGGGACAAACCUCUGCUGUUCCGCUGAAUGCUCCACCACUCCACACCGACAUCUUUCCACCUUUAAUGCUGCAUGUUGAAUGGACAUUGCUGUAGUUUGAUGAUUGAUGAUUGUAUUGUAAACGUGCUUUAAUUUAGUAGUUAUACAAACUGUGAAACCUCUCUGCGUGCAUGCUGCGUACUCACAAAAACACUCUCCCCUCAUUUUCAGUAUGAAAAGUUCUUAAUUAAUUGUAGAAUUACCAGUGCAGCAGGCUGAUGCAUGUCUUAAGUUUUUUCUGAUCAAUUAUUACUAUGAAUUUAAUUAUAAAUAUCAAGCCGCUGCUUUUGGCGCUGUGAAUGUUUAAAUGUUGCUUCUCACACAACACUUAAUCUUAAUGUUUAACAUAUUAUAUUAUAUUAUUUAAUAUUUGUAGUUAAAUUUAUUCGAUUGGCUCCUUGCUCCGGCCUGGCCUGGCCUGGCCUGGCUCUGCCUGCAUGUGGCUUCGUUCUGUGGCGAAAUCUCCAAAGUAUUUACUUAAUUAUACACCUAAAUUACAGUCAACAAUGUAACACUGCAUAACAUACAUACACACUUGUACAAUUAAUUAUUAAUAUUGUUUUUUCCAUAUGGUCCAACUUUUGUUCUACUGUUGUGUUGUGUAUUUAAGUACUUAGUUAGGUGUUAAUGUGGGAAAUCCAAAUAUUAUUUUAAGCUGCCAGACGCUGGUUGCGUCUACUGCGUCUUCUGGCUGCCAAUGAGCGACUCUUCGUGCUGCUGCCGCUCGAGCUUGCGCUGGUAAUCACGCUGCUUGCAUGCCGCCACGUUCGCGGCGCGUUUCUGUAAUCGCAAAUUCAAAGAUAAUAAACGUUUAAGUG